GCGCAGAUCCAGCGGACAUCUGGAGCAGCCCUGCCUGGGAAUCAAACCCUCCAGCUACGAACACCGACAUCCCGCACCGAGCCAGCCCGGGUUUUGCUGUCUGUUUCCGGCUGAGGCGCAGCAGCGCUGCGGUGUUGUUGUCGCCUCGAGGGCUGGAUUUCCACCGGGAGGCUGCUGCGCUCCGGAGAGACAGAUGGACCGUCUCUACCGGUAAAAACAAGGAAAUAAUCAGACUGAAAUCCGGGAGGAGGGUGAUGAACUGAACUGAUCCGAGAUCUGACAGGUUUUGAGGCCCGAUGGAAGCUGCGACACAUCUGGACUUGGUGCGUCUGGAUUCUGGUCUAGGCUUCCUUCUGGAAUAAAUAAAUAAUAAUAAUAAUAAAAAACAACAACAACAACAAAAAAAAAACAAAAAACAAAAACAAACUGCGAACCGGAGGUUCGGUGUAUUAUAAUUUUUUUCUUUAGUUUUUUCUGAUCUUCUCGCAGACACCUUAAACGGUCCUGAUUGAGAGUUUGAGGGAGCAGGCGGAUCCUCCCCCCUCCUCCCCUGCUGGUCUGGAUUAGAGCCCAUCAGGAUCAUGAAUCAUCCCCCCUCUGCUGCUCUAAUCUGGGCUUUAUCGAGCUGGAUUUACAUCUGAGAUCUGAUCUGGAUUACUGUGCUCCUGGUUCCGAUCGGGUCACAUCUGACCCGGUCUGAACCGGUCCUUGCUCUGGUGUAAUCUUGAACUCGGUCCUGGUCCGUGCGGUGCUGGUUUUGGCGGGGUGGGGGAGUCCUGCUGUCAUCAUGCCGACGUCCCGGCCUGGUUCGGAGCCGGUGGAGUUCUGGGUGGACGGAUCGAGGCGGGACGGGACGGUGGAGGACUUCUACACCUUGAGCUCCGAGCUGGGCAGAGGAGCAACAUCCAUCGUGUAUCGCUGUGAGGAGAAACAGGCCCAGAAACCCUACGCCGUCAAGGUCCUCAAGAAGACGAUUGACAAGAAAAUCGUUCGUACUGAAAUCGGUGUCCUGCUGCGUCUUUCCCACCCAAACAUUAUCCAGCUGAAGGAGAUCUUCGAGACGGACACCGACAUCGCUUUGGUGUUGGAGCUGGUGACCGGAGGAGAGCUGUUCGACCGGAUUGUGGAGCGUGGUUACUACAGCGAGAGAGAUGCAGCUCAUGUCAUCAAACAGAUCCUGGAAGCUGUGGCGUAUUUACAUGAGAACGGUGUUGUUCAUCGUGACCUCAAACCAGAGAACCUGCUUUAUGCUGACCUGUCACUGGAUGCUCCGCUGAAGAUAGCCGACUUUGGUCUCUCCAAAAUCAUUGAUGACCAGGUGACCAUGAAGACCGUCUGUGGUACUCCAGGGUACUGUGCUCCAGAGAUCCUGCGGGGAAAUGCCUACGGCCCUGAGGUGGACAUGUGGUCGGUGGGCGUCAUCCUCUACAUCCUGCUCUGUGGGUUUGAGCCCUUCUUUGACCCGAGGGGGGACCAGUACAUGUACAGCCGAAUCCUGAACUGCGACUAUGAGUUUGUGUCUCCGUGGUGGGACGAGGUCUCCCUCAAUGCCAAGGAUCUAGUCAGUAAGCUGAUUGUCCUCGACCCUCACAAGCGCCUCAGUGUCCGGGAAGCCCUGCAGCAUCCCUGGGUGUUGGGUAAAGCUGCCCGGUUCUCUCACAUGGACACCACCCAGAGGAAACUGCAAGAAUUCAACGCUCGGCGCAAACUGAAGGCUGCCAUGAAGGCCGUUGUGGCCACCAGUAGGAUGCACGAGGGCUCGCGGCGUCGUACUGACAGCUGUGAGAUUCCCGGUUCAGGAACUUCUAGACAGAGCAGCAUGCAGCAGGACCCACCUCCUGAGUCCUCAGACCCCACCACAAGCAACAAACAGAGCCCACCCCAGGACCAGCAGGUACCGCAGAAAGUCGAACCCAAGCUCACCGACCAAAGUGCCAUCAGCCCCUCCCCUCCUCGCAGUCCCAAUCCGCCCACUUAUGAAGCCACGCCCACAGGCCCCGCCCCCAUCCGGCCACCUCUUCGUGCUGACGGGCUCCGACAGGCAUCAGUCAUCCCCAAAACAAUGCUGGUCCAGCCACGGCUGCCACAGAAGAGCUGCUCUGUUAUUGAGCCCACCCCCAAAGUUGAGGCCACACCCCCACUGGGCUCACCUCCAAGUCCCAACAACCUCAGCAAUGGCUUCACACCGGGGGCGGAGCCAAGCAGUUAGACCACCCACUGCCAGUGAUCCCCUGACAGAGCUCAAAUCUUGUACUUUGCUUCGGUUUCUUACCACCAAAAAAUGAUCACACCAUUCAGCCUUCCAUCAGCUCGUUAAAUACCCCUGAAUUAACCUACUGGAACAAAAUUACACCAGAAACAAAAGUAUCCAUAACACCCAGUUAACAUUAACCAUUAUUGCCAAUAGCUGCUAAGAGAGUUUGUUUUUGGGGUUUAUUUGUUUCAGAUAAAAGAGAGACUGAAUUUAGGAGCAGUUUCAACGUAAAUGAGAAUUUUUCUGAACUGUAAAUCACUUAAUAUUAAGGAAGUUUAGGUACUUUUCA